AUGGUGAAAAGUAUCAUUGCCACCAUGCAACCUGCUAACUUUCACGAUGAAAAUAUCGGAAUUACGAAACACAACCAUUUGAAUGAAGAAUUGAAAAGUUUCUCCAGUGAUUCAAGAAAUGUUGGCGACAUUCAGAAAAGCAUGAAAUUUCAACAAAAUCAUCAGAUUAGUAAUUUUUCAAUAAAAGAUCUCUUUCAACAAAACUUCAACAACUUUUUCACAAACAUCAAUGACUUCAACAACGUCACGAGCAACAUUCACAACAUCUUCUGCAACAUCAGCAGCAACGGCAACAACUUCCACAGCAAUGUCAACAUCGGCAAUGGGUUCUACAACGUUUCACACGCAAGCGAUGCAUAUCGCAGCAGCAACAACUUUAACAUCAUUAACGGCUCGAACAUAAACAACAACUUGAUCAUUAACAUUAACAACAGCAGCAACAAUACCAACAAUAAAAUUGAGAAGAACCUCAUUAUUAAUAACAACAACGCUGUUAACAAACAAAUUAUAGCUGGUGAUGAUGCUAACGAUUUGAGAGACAUAAAAACAGUAAACAGUUCCAUGAAGCCCAAUCACAUCAAAAAAUUCGAUUUUUCAAAACUUGUUGAAUCGGCGCUAACUAAAUCCGAUGGAAAAAUGAUGAACAAUGAUGAAGACGAUGACGAGGAUUGUAACAAAAAUGAUAUUGACCAAGAUUUUGUUGAUGAUAAGAAAUGUUCUAGAGAUAACAACAAGGAUUUUGACAAUGGCGAUAACCUAACUAUGGCACCUUUCACAAACAAAUCUCCCAAACGACAUGCAACUGGUAAGACUGACGAUCACAAAGAGCAAAAAAAAGCUGCUACGCUAGAAAAGUUAAACCGGAUAACAAAUACAUCUUCCCACCAAACACCUCCCACCUUCAAAGAUGAUUUGAAAGUAAGAAAACCAAAAUACCCUAGUAACAAUUGUUUUAAUGGGGGCCAAAUAGAUAGAAACUGCCCUUUGGAACCUAAUGGAAAAUAUGAAAAUUAUAAAGUUGAAAAUUUGAACGCUCUAGUCAACUCCUCUCUCGAUAGUCAUAACCUAUGCGUGACCCCGUACAAAUUUUCCCACCCAAGACGAAACAGCGACAUGUAUAGCAACAUGUAUAGCAACAUGUAUAGCAACAUGUACAGCAACCAGUACAACAACGUCUAUAGCAACAUCCACCACGGAAACCAACAAAGAAAUCUACCGCUUGUAGUGCCACAACAACUCACGUUAGUACUGAAUGAACGACAGCGACUACCAGAGCUUCAGAGUACGACACCUUAUCAACAGUUCCUUUUACGUCAGCAGGAGGAAAAAUAUAAUUACAGGUUACAAGAAUUGUUAUUACAUCAUCCUCAUUAUUCACAUAGAGAUCAAGAAAAUUGUCAUCAUCAACAAAAACAACAAACAAAACUUAAAAAUAAAAAAAGAGAACAACAACAAUUAUUGCCACAUGAGCAGCGUCCAUCGCCACAUCAGCAGACUAUUCACGAGAGACAAGAAGUUCAACAACAAACAUCUUCAGAUGUCGAACCACAAUACCAAAAUGGUGACAGACAACACCACACAAAUAAUCAACAACAACAAUGUGAUGAAAAACAAGAUGACAGUCAACAACAACACUUCACGGACACGGAAAAUCAACAACAACAACCACGCAAAGACCAACAGCAACAACAAGACCACACGAACAACCAACAACAAAAGCAGCGUAAACCCGAAGUCGAACAAGAGCAACAUAAAGAGGAGGACAUAGAUGAACACACUUCAUUCAAGAAUCCUUUCACAAAGAGAUUGACAUGGAGAUAUCCAAUCGACGAUGUGGAUAAAGAUAAAAAGUUGAUAAAAUGUGGAUUGUGUUACAAAUCCUUCACGAAGUCCUACAACCUGAAGGUUCAUAUGAGGGCCCACACAGAUGAGAGGCCCUACGCCUGCAGGUUCUGCAGCAAGCGAUUCAAAAGGAAAGAUCACAGAAUCGACCACGAGUUUGUUUGCAAUUUUUCUAUUUUUUAUCCAUUGUUGCCUAAUCCAAAUAUUUCACUGUUGGGUAAAGUCACUAAAACAUUCAUUUAA